AGGACAGAUAUUGAUGAACGUCUGACAAGGAUCAGUCAGGUCUUCUUCAGCAGAGACAUGGGUGAAGAUGGAGCCCAUUGAGCUCAUCAUAAUCAGCCACUGCUGAACAACAGGGAGCACCUAAGGGAGGUCCACUGAAGACCCAGUCCAGGUAAUGGAAGAAAAGGAGGAGAUGGUGAGAACACUAGACUUCACUGAGGGAGAGGGGAUAAUCAGAACUGAUAUCCAGACCACCAGGAUAUUUGAGGACACGAGGAAACUGCAGGCCCAGAGAGAGCAUGAGCAGGCUGUGGUGUUUGCAAAGCUGAGAGGGAAAGAUAGACAGAUCGCAGCUCUCACGGAAGAACGAGAGAAGCUCUUGUUUCUUUUUUGGGUGGAGAGGGAACAGCACAGCAGUGAGAGGAGAGCGGUGGAAAGGGAAAGAGCGAGAGCAAAGACAGAGUGGAAGAGGAGGCUGGACGACCGAGAGAGACAUAUCCAGUCUACAGUCUUGGCUGUGGCAGUGAUGAAACUGACACUGGAGAAGAAACUGAACCAGAUUGAGGAAGAGAAAUGGUCGCCUGGUUCUGCAGAUCAGCGUACAAACAGCAGAGAAGAUCACAAGGUUCUUCACAGAAAUGACACAUGGCAGGUAAAGCAAAGACAUCGGAUGCGGAGGCAGGUGGCGAGAGGUUGCAAGGGAGGAUGGCAUUACACAUGCGACGUGAUGGCGGAGUCUACUUGGACCAUAAAACAAGAUUUGAUAAAAGCUCAUGAGCAGGAAGCACUAAGGGUACAGUUGCUAGAGAAACAGAGACAGAGGGAGAGGAGGACAAGAGAGGCAGAGCCAGUGGGGAAAGGAGAGGAUGUCAGGAACAGAGAGAAGAGAGUCUGGAACCCGGGAUGGUUUCGUUGGUUUGGCAUCAGAAGACAAAACACGUCACACGACAAAGAUUCCAGGGCGAGUGAGAUGGUCUGAUAAACUAAUGUGCAAUUUAGGAACGAAAACAAAACAUGCAAACUAUAAAAUCACAAAUAAAAUCAGUUUCAACUUCAUACACCAUUUUUUCUUUUCAAUUCAGCUUAA